GUUGAGUAACAGCGCUAACGUCGGGACCGAGCAAGUUGCUGCAUGGGUUUCUCGGAGCUGCACAUAACUUAAGUGCUGAUCUGAACCGGUGUGGAAGAAAAUGGUCCUGUAGCUGCUAAAGCCCGUGUUGUGAUUGCAUGCCACUCCCAGAACAGCUGGAGUCAUUUUUUCUUCAAGUGGACAGUCAAAGGAUCCCUGGGGGAUUAUUUUGUGCAAUCAAGCCUUCUAAAGCUGAAACUGGUUGCCAAAAAGCCGCAUGCGGCUCAAGAGCCCUAGAUCCAGAAUGCUGAGAAGACGAUGAAUCCUCCAGGUCAUCUGAGACAUACACGUGUCUGUGCCGCUGUCCCUCCCCGACAGCCCUCCGGUCCCACUGGGGCACCAUCUGCCUCCCAAAGCUUGCCCCCCUGUUCCUGCCCAGGUCCCUCCCCCCUCCCCUGCCCUCAGUAGUGGCCAUCCCAGAGGGGAGGAAAGACGAGCCAGCCCCCUGUAAAUAUGCCUGGAUGGAGGUCUCAGUGGCGUCUCGUCCUGCUGAACUCCCUGACCUGUGGCCUGGAGAUCUGUGUGGCAGCUGGGAUCACAUACGUGCCCCCGUUGCUGCUGGAGGCUGGGGUGGAGGAGCGCUACAUGACCAUGGUGCUAGGUAUUGGUCCGGUGCUCGGCCUUUUGUUCAUCCCUCUGAUUGGCUCAGCCAGUGACCACUGUAACAGCAGUUAUGGCAGACGACGGCCGUUUAUUUGGCUGCUGUCUCUGGGAGUCCUCCUGGCUCUUGUCAUCAUUCCCCAUGCUGAUGUUCUGGCUGCACGCCUGGCCUGGGGUGGGCGCACGCUCCAGGUGGGCUUUCUAAUCCUCGGGGUGGGUCUCCUUGACUUCUGUGGACAAGUUUGCUUCACACCACUGGAGGCUCUUUUAUCAGACCUGUACCGGGACGAGGAGGACUGCGGCCAAGCCUUUGCUAUGUUCUCCUUCAUGGUCAGUUUAGGAGGCUGUGUGGGUUAUUUGCUCCCUGCACUGGACUGGAGUCGUGGUCUGCUCUCUGUUUACCUCGGAGGCCAGGCCGAGUGCCUCUUCUCCCUUCUCAUCCUCAUCUUCGUCUCCAGCGUGCUCAUCACCAUGAAGGUGUCAGAGGAACCGUCAUGUGCCAGCAGUGGCUUAACUGGAUCUGGAUCUUUACUGGAUACAGGGACUGGUGGGAUGGAGGCUGGCCGUUGUGGCAUGCCGCGCUCGUGCUGCUAUCUGCUUAAGUGUAAGCUGAGGCUGCUGAAGUCUGGACCCCUGCUGUGCCUGCUGAGGACUUGUUGGUCCAUGACCCCAGCCAUCUACAGGAGCUACUGCCACGUCCCGAGGGUAAUGAGGCAGCUGUGUGUGGCUCAGCUCUGCAGCUGGAUGGCGGUCAUGUCCUUUAUGCUAUUCUACACAGACUUUAUAGGGGAGGGGUUGUACGAGGGCGUGCCCAGUGCAUUACCAGGAAGUGUGUCCAGGCAAAGAUACGAUGAAGGUAUCCGUAUGGGCAGCCUGGGCCUGUUUCUGCAGUGUGCUACCUCAACCUUCUUCUCCCUGGUCAUGAGUCGCCUGGUUCGACACUUUGGCUCACGGUGGGUCUACCUGAGCAGUAUGGUGAGCUUCACGGCCUCUGCUUUGGUCAUCUGUCUCUCCAAAAGUGUGGUCCUGGUCACUGUGAUGGCGGCUCUUACUGGCUACGCGUACGCCACGCUGCAGACCCUGCCCUACACGCUGACCUGCCAUUACCACAAGGAAAAAGAGGUCUAUAUGCCAAAAGUCAAAACCAAAAGCUUGCAUAAAAAUGGUCUAACAGCCAAGAGGGACUCAGUGUAUUUGACUCCUGCAGAAGAGGAGGAUGGACUGAAUCAUAAAACAGGGACUCCUUACGGACAGACCUUCUUCAGCCAGAACAGUUAUGAGUACUACCCCGGUCCGCACAGCGUGAACGGCUCUUCUCACAGCCCCACUGAACAGGAGGAGACCGAGUCCAGCUGUGAGAAACGCGGUGUGGGUUUGGACUUUGCCAUCCUAGACAGCACCUUCCUGCUCUCUCAGGUGUUCCCCACCCUCUUCAUGGGCAUGAUCGUACAGUUCGCUCAGACCGUCACCGCCUACAUCGCCUGCUCUGCUAUCUUCGGUGCUGUCGCCAUCUACCUGGCCAGUCAGAUCAUCUUUGACCAAAAGGACCUCCUAAGAAGCUGAGACUUCAGUGGAUAAGAUCUGUAAGAGAUGGAUUCACGAUAAUCAAUCAGUCUGAGGUUUCAUAGUAGACCUCGUCAAUGCACUUCUGUUCCCAGAAUGCCUUGUUCCAGUGCUGUGUGCUUUGUUUCUGUGUUGGCGGCGUGUCUGAGCAGGCCAUGUGAGGUAAUCUCUCACAAAGUUUUAUUUUGACAUCUUUCUGUUGGUUUCUUUUCUCAGGUACCAAAAACAGAUUUACUGUAAAACUCACCAACCUCAUUAACAUCGCUACUAAUGUUCAUGUUUUUAUAAUGAUGUUAUUCUGAGCUAUCCACAAAGUAUGGCCUGUUUGUAUUCUAGACUCGUCUGCAGCAUCACCAAGCUUUUAAAGACUGGUCUUCACUAAUAUGACAGACGUGUCUAUCUUAACAGCAGGAGAGUGGAAAGGUUAAUAUCACAGCAUUUUUUCCAUUUAUUCAGAAAGUAGAAUCACAAUGAGAUGGAUGAUAUGACAUAAAACCAUGUAUCAUUCUUUCUGUUAAUACUCAACUGAAAGUUAAAAACCAGAAGUGGGGAUGCACGGAUGCAUCACUGUAACAAAUGUAUCAGCUAAAACCUGCCCUUUUGAAAGACAUCAGCCAAAUGAUGAGUUGCAGAUGUUAACUUGUGUCAAAUUGGUUAAAUGCUGGCAUUUAUCACAUUUACUGUUGUACAAAUUCUCAUGGUAAAACAUGAGAGAAAAUGUUGGUGUUGUGGAAGUGUUGCACCAAGAAGUAAUGUAACAUCGGCAUUGACCCUGAUCUUUACAAUCAGUGUUUCACUUUCAGAAAGUCAGAUAAUGAUUCAUUUCUCACUCUUGGUUUCUGAAUCUGAUACCAGAACAGUGAUUUUUUUGUGUCUUUGAUUUUUACACUCGGAUCAACAGGAACAACAAAAAGGAAUAUGAAAAAACAGGCCUACAAUUUAAAUUUAUUUUAUUCUUAAAUUAUUUAUUUCUGGUUUGUGUGACCCAGUGCAGGUGUUGUGCUAAGAAGAGCCUGCUGAGAAUUAGGUCUGAAAUUUGGAAAAAUAAUUUAAUUACGAUUUAUUUUUCCAGUAUUGCCAAUGUGAUUUAAUAUGCAAUUAUUUUUAAGCUCCUCAUCUUAUGUAUUUUUCACCAAACACAAACAGUAGAUCAGUUUAUAUAACAACCACCACAAUAAAACAUUAUUACCAGAGCUGAAUGACUAGGGAAAAAAAAUCUAAUAGCGUUUAUUUGGACUGAUAUUGCAAGUUCAGUAAGAUUUUUUGCAAUAAAGGGAAUGGUCAUUUAAUGUCAUUCUCAUUUUAAUUAGGAAAACAUACACAGAAACAAGGAAUGUAGGAUUUUUUUGUGUGUACUAUUUGCAAAAGUUGACACUUAAAUAUUUUUAUGAUCUGUAGAUCCGCUGCCAGUGUGCAUACAGCCCUUUAUUGGUAUAUUAGUAUAUUAUCUACUAUCUACAAACACCUUUCAGCCCAAAAACACGUUAUUUUCAGCCAGUCAUUUCUGACUUCUACUAAGCUAAGGGCAGAAAGCGUUUAUAAACAAUAAAUUGUAGAUCAUUUGUCAGCAGAGAUUUAACCCAACAUAAAGAGGACUAAAGUCCUUAUAAAGCUGUGCCAGAUACCACAUUUUAAUGACGUGGAUGCUCUGGCAUGGUGCGUGUGGUUCUCAGCACUGUACAUUCAUUGGGUCUGGGGGUGGACAUUUGAUCAAGUUUUGAUUUAGAUUACGACUUUACUCGACUUUCCCGAGGCGUUCAAAACAAGGCAAUAGAGAUUAAAUUAUCUCUGCCAUAUACCGUGAUUUCAUGUGUGGUAAAUGAAGCGCACCCUCCCUUCCUUUACUGCACAGCAUGUGCUUAACGCCUCCCACCAAAAACAGCUCUCAUUUAAAUUCAAGUGAGGAGCAGAAAGAGCCACAGCAUGUACUACAGUUAGCAGAGCUAAAGAAGAUGAGAUAAAUGCGGCCAUGAAAUACUUUCAGGAAUGGUUUUGGCUGCUCCUUAAGACAACAUGACAGAUUUAUACAAUCACACAUGAAAUGAUUUUAAUACAAGUCAAAACUUCUGUCAUUGUGUGUGUGUUUUUUUUUUUUUUUUUUUUUUUUUUUUUAAAUCAAACAGCCCUAAGAGGGUCAUGCAAUUAGGAAACAUUUAAUAUUAAAAUCAAAUAUGACCUGUUUUCCCCCAUAUUUAUUUGUUUGAUCAGAGCAUAAAAAAUUUCCUGGUCUGUGUAUUGGAUCAAUUUUAUAAAAGAAUACGGAAUUGACAAAUAGUUUUCCAUUUUCUGCCUUUUUGAUUUAAUGUUGAAUAUUGCUAAAAAAAGAAUGAUACAUGGAAUGAACUUGUAAUUCUACUUAAUUUCUAAUGAAAAGGGACUCCUGGAUGAAUAAGUAUGGCAAUUUUAUCCAGUUAGGAGGGGUCAGAGACUUAGAGUUAACAAAAACAAGGUGUAAAUUUAAUGAGUCAUUGAGAGGACGUUCUCCAAACACACUGAACCCUAUGUUUUCUACAAAAACACUGUCUGUAUUCUCUAAUCAGACAUCCCCAACCUGUCACAUGCCAUUUAAUCUAAACUUGUUGCCCUCAGUUUGAUCCAGGAGAUCUUUUAAAUCUCAAUCUGUAUGACAUCAAACAACCCCGUCUGCUCCAUCUGGAUUGGUUUCCUCGUCUGGAUAAAGCUCCAGAGCAGCAGGAGAUGAAAUUCAAUAUUUACACCAGAGAAGUAGUAGUAGUAGUAGUUCCGUUUUGUAUGCAUACUCAUUUAAAUGUCCAGUUGACAUUGGCCCUAUCUGAUACCCCCACUCCAACCCCCCCAUUCAUCAAUCUACUGCCAUCAUUAAAUGUAAAUAUUUUAUAAACAAAGUUAAUAUUGAUCCCUAUGGGAAUUUUUUAUGCAACCCGUUGCGGUGAGGUCAUUCAGUACGUUUACAUGCACAGUUGAGUCAAACGACGGCUUAAUUAGGAUAUUUAACAGGACUACUGUCUUUGUCCCUGUAAGCACCUGGGAAAUGGAUUUAUUGACGUUAGUGUGUCUGACUCAUUGCUAUGCCCUCGUUCAGCUAGUUACUACCAGACGUUUAUUCACCUAACAAACUAGCAAGCAGCCAAACAAUAGUAUGCCAGUCUCACAGUCUACUGUCUCUCUAGCUUGUGGGGAUUUCUGAAGGCUAACAACAACAUGGCUUAACAUGCAUUUUUAAAAGCCCAGUUUCAGUCAGACUAACACAAUAAUUAUUCUUCUAACUGCAUGUAUAUGUACUGAUUGACAGUAGUGGUUUAAAUAUGAAGUGUUUUACUGGGACUGGAAAAUCUGCAUCAAACAUCCUCUGUCUCGAUAAUCAGGAGCAGUCUGCUGGACUGCUCGCCCUUCUCGACUAUACUUGUCAGAAGGACUGCGGUCUCAGGUUAGCACGUUGUCCUUAUUUCGCUGAUAAACACCCCCUUCUGCCUAAACCUUUAUUUUUAACUGUAUAUUUAAAUGACAAUCUCAAACAUCCAGAUGGGCUUGUUAUGUUAUGUAAACCUGGGGCAGGUGGGGUAGCUGACCACCAGCAACUGUGACUGAUAGCCCAAAAAGAGUCAGAGCCACUGCAAACAUUUGGUUACUGAAAUGAUGCAAGAGUAGGUGCUUGAGUUUGAAGGGAAGGUCAAUCUAAGGCAUGUGUGAGUGUGAGUCUGUGUAUACAUGGCACAGAAAGCAUGAGUAAUAUUUACAUGCAAGGGUAAUAAAGUCUGAGUUUGUGCUGUUUUUUUAUUUUUCUGUUAGUCCUGAUUAACUGCACUGACCAUAAUUUAACCCUUUAAUUUGCUGUAUGGUACAACCAGAUAUGGGGAUCAAACCCCAGCUCCAUUAGGACCUGGUUAAGCAUUUUUCAAAACCUUAAAAUCAGAAACGUUCGAGCGUAUCAAUGCUUCUAUUAAGUCACAUGGUCCUAUAACGUGAUAAAUUAAAUUUAAUCAAAUCACUGAUGCACAUAGACCUACAAAAAUGUAUUAGGGCCACUAUAAUAGAUCAAAAAAAUAUUUUUAUUUCUAACUAAAAAAAAAAAAAAAAAAAACUAAGUUGGACAUUAACAAGAAACCAAAUUCAGUUUUGAGUUUAAAAUGUCUUCAUUUACAAGGAAAACAACUACAAAUUUUUAAGAUUAAAUGAUGUCAAUUCUGACUUUUUAAAGUUGAAAUUAGAGAUGAUUUUAAGAUUAUAAAGUUAUUAAUUUAGGACAUUCUGAAUUCAUACAUAUAUGAGAAACUAAACUCAAAAACACUGAUUAGAUCAGAGUUGUGUUCCAAAUUUAUCUAGCAUGUUGUUUUCCUCUGAAUUGCCCUAGUUUACAGCAGCCUCUUUAAAGUCUGGAUGCUAAUAAUAUUGGGCUAAUUUUGGACUAAAUUAACAAGUAUUUCCUUAUUGCUCAGCCCUUGUAAAAAAUUAUAACUUAAAUAGGCCCUUAACUGCAGUGUUUGUACAUGGCAAACAUCUGGUGUGAUCUUCUUCCAUGUUAUCAGCCAUUUUCUACUUUCUAAACUCAAAAAUUGUAAUGUUUGUUUCUUAAACAUUUACUUCUUUUUUAACUCCAAAAUUUCUCAGUUUGGCUUAGUAAAUUUCCUAAACUCAAAUUUCAAAUUUUUCUUAUUAAUUUACAACUUAAUACACUCAAAAAUUCUGAGUUUGAUUUUGCAAAUUUAAGACUUUAUAAUCAACAAUUAUUAGACUUUUCUCAAAAAUGGUCCUAAAACACCAUGGCAAAGAUGGUCUAAUAACAUUUUCUUUGACUGUCAGCUGUAAAAGAAAAAAACAAAAACAAACCUGUCACUUGUCUGCUGCUGCUGCUAGUAAUGGGAAUUCCAGGACUUUUUAGUAGGGCCGAUCGAUUUGUGAAAAUAAUAUAAUUGUGAUUUUUUAUUUUCCAAUAUCGCAAAUCGCGAUUUAAUAUGCAGUUAUUUUUAGGUUCCUUGUUUUAUGUACUUUUCGGUAAAUGCAGGCAAUACAUUAUUCUUUAUAGUAGCCAGGACAAUACUAGAUAAAUUAAAAUAGGGAUGAAUACUUUUGAAAAAAUAUCUUAUUGCAAUUAUUUUGGCUCAUAUUGCAAAUUUCAUAUCAAUUGCUCAGUUGUCAUCCUCAUUUUAAGAAAAUACUGUAAAUGAACAAGAAAGGUAUGAUUUUUGUAAAAGACAGUUGAAUAUUGACAUAAUGUGUAGAGCAUUAAAUCUCUGCUGGAAAAAAAGUAUUAAACUGGUAUUUUGAUUAAUUUUGCAAUUAAAUACCCAGCCCUACUUUUUAGUGAUCUGGAUCGUUUGACUCGGCUCAGUAUGAAGAGCCGGCUCUUGCUCAGUCUUCAUUCAGUCUCCAGUUUGGCUUCAUUUGACCUGUUAACUUUCGCAUUGUUAUGACAUAUGAUCAGUAUUUGUGCUGGCAUUUUACUCCAUCUAAAAACCAAAACCAAAUGUAAUGUAAUUAUUUUUCUCCCUGAAAUACCUUGCUAGGUCAGAUGAAACCUGCUCACUGACUGGGAUGUAUGACACUCCUGAUAUAAAACAUGAAUGUUACACUAUCAAGAAUGAGUCAUUAAUGUAUGGUGUUCUUAUGUUAGUAUGGAGAAAAGAUCAUCCCUACUUAUCAAUCACAUAAUACAGAAAAACACACCACAUACAGAAAAAUAAAUAAUAGUUUUAAAGAUAUAAAACGCCCUAAAACAGGAUCCAGAUCUUAUUGUUCAUGUAAAAGAGCUGGCUCUGUGAACCUCCUCGUUCAUGAACGACCCAUCACUAGCUGCAGCUCACUCAUCAUCCUCUCCUCAGAGCAGACGUGGCAAGAUCCCCAAAAAUUUGUGACAAGUCUAAUUAGUUAAAGAAAUUAAUCCAAUUUUUAAAUCUGUGCUAAAACUUUCAGGAUAAAAGUGAGUUAUCCAACUGCACAAGAAGACAAAACGUCACAUUAUGAUAUGUUUAAGGUUGGGUCACUAAAAUGACUGAAUCAGGUUAAGGUAACUUAAAGAAACUUAAGAAACUUAAAGAAAAGCAAAUUCAGGUUUUGAUGCAAAACUUGUAUUAAACAGCUGAUCAAACAGCUGAUUAGAGUUGAGAUUUGCCUGUUUUCUUAGUAGUACAUAUCCUGUAUAUUCCUGUAAAAAGAGAACUGGUAUGUCUAAGACUAAAUAGACAACUUUUUCACAAUAAUAUAAAAGUACUGAUAAGGACUUUCAUCAUUAAGGAGAAUCUAUUCUGGUAUGAGUAUCAUUAAGAGUUUACUAUCCCUAUCCCUGCUAUGAAUAGUGGCCUUCAGUUGAACUUUGAAAAGAAACUGGUUGGUGUAAACACCGUGCCUGUUUUAAAUCGUUUAGGGGUUCAUCUGAGCGUUUUGUAUCUGGGGUUGUCUGAUCCUACAUGAAGAGUGUUGAUUUAUGUUCAGCAGAUACAAAUAGUCCUGGAGGAUCUUAUUGCCUGAGGUGUUCAGUGGAGGAUUUGUUUGUCAUGUUGACACUGCUGCAAGACAGGAACAUACUAGCAACUAUAUUGUCCUUUUCACCCCGUAAAGUGUCGAGCAUAUCGCUUAGGUUGUUUUACAAGUGCCUGUACAUUUUUCAAACAAAUUUUGUACAUAUGUAUUUAUUUAUUAUUCUUUUAUUACAGAAAUAGCACGUAUUAAACUAUUGGCCUCUUUGGCAUCUUUGGUAGGUGCGAGGGUGAAGGCUGUUUCUGUGAAUAAGAUAAAUUAUUUGUAUAGAUGUGGUGUAAAAAGCAUCAUCAAAGCUAUAAUUUAUUUUAACAUUACCAUCUUUAUCCUGUAGCUUUGACAUCACAGAGUCUAUGUCUGAUAAGGAUGUGUAUUAAAUGAGCUGCAGAUGAAAAUAGUGGAUUUUAUCAGGAUUUUCCCUUGUGGUUGCACACUGUGCAUCAGCUGAAAACUUUAUUUCUGUAACACAGCUGAGAUCUGUGUGAUUUCCUGACUGAUGCAGCUUGUGUGAUUCAGUAACCUCUUCAUUUUGUCAAUACUGCUUUAUUUGGGUUUAUAUAACCACUGUUUUACUGUCAAACUCACCAGAUACUGCAGAUAUCGUUGAACUGGAUGGAUUGUUCAUAGUCCAUUUUGCUGUCAACCAAAUCCCCUGGUAUUUUCAGACAAAAGUGCCAAUGUCCCAACUCUGUUUGGAGCGGAAGUUGUCAUGCCCCUGUGUUACUGAACUGUUUUAAUUUUUAAGUUUUUGUCAGAAGAUUUCAGUCCUAUGUGUCAUUUUCAUAAAUGCAUUCAGCCAUAAUAAACCGCUGUAUUUUAUGUUUGUUUUAAAUCCAUCAGUUUGUAUAAAUAUGCAGUUACCAAAUAGAUUUUAUACAAAAUAAAACUGCAUUCUUUAUGACACGUUGU